UAUUUUGCUUGCCGAUGGGCACAGCGUCCACAAGGCGGCGCUGUGGAGCCGCAACAUUUAUUUUGGUGUGACCCAAAGGAUGCUGGGAAAUUUUCUCCGAGGAAGCAGCGACAUCACACAGAUUUAGCACGGCUACACUUUGUUAGCAAGGAGACUCAGUGAACUGCAGGCAGCCAUCUCCCAUCAUGGCAGACAUAAGCACUGUCAUGUCCUGGUUUUCCAGCCCCAUGUACAGUCGCUACUGGCAGCACUACCAGCAGGCCAUGGCCUGGCACCAGAGACACAGGCGUGCCUACCGAAAGGCCUUGGAGACUGCCUAUGGUGCCGACUACUGCCAUCCCAGCAGCCACGGGCGGUACGCAGACUGGCACGCCGGAGAGAGUGACAGCAGAGAUGAGGAAGAUGAGGACGAGGAGGAGAGCAGCUCCGACAGCGAGAUCGAGUGCGAUGUCAGCAACAUGGAGAUCAGUGAGGAGCUUCGGCAGUACUUCGCCCAGACCGAGAAACACCGAGAGGAGCUAAAGAAGCAGCAGCAGAUGGAAGCCGAGCAGCAGGACAGCUACGUGCCAGCCGAUCAGGACCUGCGCGGCGUCUCCUGGCGAAGCAGCGCGGCCCCUCCCUCCGAGCGACCUGGUGAGAGACGCGGGGCCGAAAUGAAGAAGCUGUACGGCGAGGAUGCGGCCAAGAUCCUGGCUAUGGAGGCGGCAAUGCAGCUCACUUUUGACAGAAACUGUGACCUCAAACAACCCAAGUACUGGCCUGUUAUCCCACUGAAACUGUAAUGGUGGCUGAUCUGGAGGAAAUCCCUGCUCCAGUCCCUGGUUGAAACGGCGGCUUUGUCGUGUGACGGAUGAUGGCUGUUGAUGCUGCUGAUGUACAACAAAUGGUUCCAGUUAUCCGAGGGUUGGAGGUUAUUUUAAGCACGAAAAAAAAGUUGCACAAAUUAUCUGAGAUCUGAAAUUCACUGACCUGUCAGCCGUUGCUCCAGAUGAAACCUUACGAUUUGCUUCACGUUAUGUUGGAUUUGUUGUCGCUUUACACCUUUACAUAAGUUAUUUAUAGCUCAGGGUCAGUCACACAGCACUGUCCUACAUAUCCCAUGUCCGAGACACUGCGCAGCUCCACAUAGUCCUCUCUUUGCUAGUCUCUGGAUUUUAGCUCAAAAAAUAAAAGUGGGUGUCUGCUGAGGGUCAGAGGUUCAGUGAAGCUGUUCCUGUUGGUGAUGUGAAUGUAUUCAAACAACAUGUGCCUGCAUGUUUCCACUCAAUCUGUUUUUGUUUACCCUCGAGCUUGGUGAUGUUACAUGCAGCAGUAGGUCCUCUUAAGCCUGUCAACUUGGUUUAACCACAAAAAUAUUAUCAAACCCCCUCCUCCUUUGUUCAAAUUUAGAAACGUUCCUGCACGGCUGCUUUUGAUAUUCCACUCUUCAACAUACACGAGGAGCGAGUUGUUGUUGUUGUUGUUGUUGUUGAAGCCUCUCGGAUUCUGACAUUUCAUCAGGUUCAAAGCCGUUCGUGUGGUUUCUCAGGAAGGACGUUGACUAUUCUCUUUAAUCUUGUGCUUGCACACUGUGCACACUGACUGGUGUGUAUUUUAAUAUAAGUUCUGUUUAUAAUAAAGUGUUUUAUGUCUGGA